AUUCAGCAACUGGUCAAAAUAUCGAAGAGCAUAUUUUAACUGCAGUAAAUUUAAAUAAUAACAAUAAUGAGAAUAUAUUUGCUAAAAUGUGGGCUGAUGAUCAGAUGCCAGUAAAAGAUGAA